ACAUCGUUUAAGGUAUAAGGAAGGCUCUGGCAAGGUGCAAAUACUGGCAUAGAAACUGAACAAAACACAAGGUCUCCGCUGCAAGCAAACUCACAAACAGAUACCGAGUUUAGCCUUCACGAAAUUUGUUCAAAAAUCUAACCAUAGCCAUGGUUCUCGAGGCGACUAUGAUAUGUAUCGACAAUUCAGAAUGGAUGCGAAAUGGGGAUUACUCUCCUUCUCGGUUACGAGCUCAAUCCGACGCCGUUAGUCUUAUUUGCGGCGCUAAAACACAAUCUAAUCCGGAGAAUACUGUGGGGAUUUUGACGAUGGCGGGAAAAGGUGUCCGUGUUUUAACCACUCCUACAACCGAUCUUGGAAAAAUAUUGGCUUGUCUACACGAACUCGAAAUGGGGGGUGAGAUGAACUUAGCUGCUGGUAUCCAGGUUGCUCAACUUGCUCUUAAACAUCGCCAGAACAAAAACCAGCGCCAGAGGAUCAUAGUUUUUGCUGGAAGUCCAAUUAAACAUGAUAAGAAGGUAAUGGAGAUGAUAGGAAAGAAAUUAAAAAAGAAUAGCGUAGCUCUUGACAUUGUUAAUUUUGGUGAAGAAGACGAUGGGAAGCAAGAGAAGUUGGAGGCCCUACUUGCUGCCGUAAAUAACAAUGAAAGCAGUCAUAUAGUUCAUAUUCCUCCUGGUCCUAAUGCUCUGUCUGAUGUACUUAUCAGCACCCCUAUAUUCAAUGCUGAUGGUGAAGGAGGAAGUGGCUUUGCAGCUGCUGCUGCAGCAGUGGCAGCUGGUGGUGUUUCUGAUUUUGAAUUUGGUGUUGAUCCCAAUAUUGAUCCUGAGCUGGCUCUUGCCCUCAGAGUUUCUAUGGAGGAGGAGAGAGCAAGGCAAGAAGCUGCUGCCAAGAAGGCUGCUGACCAAGCUGCUAAACAAGGAAAAGGGGAAGAGGCCUCUUCCAAUUCACAGGAUGCUACCAUGACUGAGAAUGUUAACACAGCUACUGAAUCAACGGAGAAAACUUCUGAACCAAUGGAUGAGGAGAAUGCUUUACUGGAGCAGGCUUUUGCAAUGUCCAUGAAUAUUCCUGUAUCAGAUGCCUCUGUGGUUGACACUGAUAUGUCAGAUGCGAUUAAUGAAGAUAAGGAGUUAGCAUUGGCUCUUCAAAUGUCCAUGCAAGAAGAUACGAAAGAUUCAUCAAACCCCUCAGAUAUAAACAAGGUGUUGGCAGAUCAGUCUUUUGUCUCAUCUAUCCUUACAUCACUUCCAGGAGUUGAUCCGAAUGAUCCUUCAGUAAAAGAUUUGAUUGCAUCUCUACAAGGUCAACCUGAGUCAUCACAACAGAAGAAAGAUGAAGAUCAGCCUCCAAAUGCUGAUAAGUGAGGCUGCUGUCAAUGUUGCUGCUGAAUCUUCAAGCCAAAGUUUUAAUUUCAGAAUCCAGCCAAUCCUGAUUCACUGGGAUCACGCCUUGAUUGCUCUGUAUCUGGGAACUCUGAUGUUUCUCCUGAGAGGUUAAGACACAAGAAGAGAUACAAAAAGAGCCUCUUGAUAUUUCAUAAGAAACCUACUGAAAUAUUGUUUGAACCAUUGGUUGUGUCCCCGUGGUUUUAGUGCUAUGACCGUAUUCUUGUCAUUAUAUCUUUUUUAAUCCUUUGAAAGACUUGAUCAUUUGUUGAAAACAGAGUAUAGAUUUCUGGAAUUGUGGAUAGAUUCAAGUCAUGUUCUUUGAUAA